UUGACAUUGAUGUUAUUUUCAAAGUUGACAACUUAUGAUUUCGUGUUUAAUGUUUAUGUUUUAUUGAGUCCGACUGUAGCAAAGUGUAUAUAAAGUUAUAAUCAUAUAACGAUGGCCGACAACGUAAAUAUAGAUAUUCCUGGCGAAAUUAACGCUACAAUGGAAAAGAAGGGUUUUCAAAAGUAUGUCAAUGAUAUGGAGUUGUUACUGCAGCAAGUUCGUAGUGGGGCUGGACCUGCCUUGGUGUUGGGAGUGCUAUCUUCACGGAGACCAUGGUCUCAAUUUGUAGCCACUGACAAUUUCAAGGCUCCUGUAUCCCUGCCAAGAUUAUCACGAAGAUUCUAUAAAAACGUUGAAUACUUUCAAGCCAACUACUUAAUUGUAUUUUUGGGAUUAUUUGCAUACUGUUUAAUUACUUCCCCGCUACUAUUAAUUGCUAUGGUCGCUAGUUUCUUUGGAUACAGAAAAUUGACUUCAGGACCUAACACAUGGAAGAUAGGUGGUUGGGAACUAAGUAAGACCCAGCAGUAUGUGGUGGCUGCAGCAGUGUCAAUGGCCCUGUGUUGGUUGGCCGGGGCCGGGGCAGUUUUAUUCUGGGUGCUAGGAGCUACGGUGACAGUGGUAGCUUUGCAUGCCAGCUUCUUUGAUGCAGAAACUCUGCCAGCGUCAAACGAUCCUGAACAGUUUCCUAUGAUCGAGCAAGUGUGACACUUACUGCCAAUGUUCUUUUGUCAACCCAAACUAAUUCAGAAGAAUAUAAAAAUUAGCUAACAAUAAACUUAAACCUAACAUGUUUAUGGUUACAAAAAUAAUAACUUAUGUUAUAUGUAUAGAUCUAUAUAAAAAUCUUGGCACAAAAAGAACAUUCUAAGAAAUCAUGAUGAUAUACAUUUCUUAAUGUAGAGUCAAAUAUUGUUACUUUAAUGGUUACAUAUUAUUUACUUGUAAGUUUUAUGGAGAGCCUUUAAUUUUUUUCUUUACUAUAAAUUAUUAAAAUUAGCGUCUAAGCCCACCUCUUUAUUUUUCUCCUUAUAGAUGAAUUUAUUUGUGCUUGUAUAUUAAAUAAUAAUCUUAUUACCA